GUUUUUUAGUUUUUUUAAAGUUAUAUUAUGACAAUCAGUGGAAAUUAUUGAAUUACAAAUAUGUGUUAACGUUUUAACAUGUGAGGUUACAUUGAAGAUAUGUGGUUUCCAUAUUAUUUACAAUUUCUUAUUUACUCUUUAGGAGUAAAUGUAUUUUUAUUUUUCAUCAGUAUUAUUUACUACAACGAUGUAUUACUAUCUAGUUACAAUGUAAAUUUGCAAGAAGAAUACGAUUAUAUUAUCGUUGGUGCUGGAACAGCUGGGUCCCUGAUUGCUCAUAGAAUAGCAACAGAAACAAAUUUCACAUUUGUGGUCUUGGAGGCUGGUGGUAGGAGCUAUCCAUUGCUCGAAAUUCCUUUCAUUGGACCACUCUUACAUGGUUCAAUUUAUGAUUGGCAGUAUGAAACCACAUCUCAGGAACAUGCUUGUUUUGCUAUGGUUGAUAAGAAAUGCAAAUUAACUCAAGGUAAAAUUUUCGGUGGAUCAUCAAAAUUAAACAACAUGAUUCAUGUGCGUGGUAACAUUUCACAUUAUGUAAAAUGGUUCCAUGGUAAAUAUAAUGAAGAUUAUUUCAAACGGCAUUUAGAAUACAUAGAAGAGAACAUUUUCCAUCUCAACAACAUACAAUACCAAAGUGAAUUAGUUGAUGCUAUAUUAGAUGCGGCCAAUGAACUAGGAUAUAAAGAAUUUGGCCAAAAUUUCAGAUCAAACUUUCAAAAGAGUAAAGUCACACAAAAAGAUGGUAAAAGAUGGACAACUUCAGACAAAGAUAUAAACAAAUAUGUAGUUACUAAUGCUUUAGUGGAAAACGUUCUCAUUACUGAUAGUAUUGGUUAUGGAGUUAGUGUACACAUUUCAGAUAAAAUUCAUAAAAUAUUUGCAAGGAAAGGUGUUAUUUUGUCCGCUGGAACAUUAAAUACGCCUAAAAUUCUCCAAUUGUCUGGCAUUGGACCUUCUGAAUUACUUAAAGCAUUAAAGAUUCCUGUAAUACAAGAUUUACCUGUAGGUAAAAAUUUACAAGAUCAUAUUGGUUCCGGAUUAGAUUUGAUAUUAUUUAAUCAAACAUUAUCUAUUAAUGCUGCGAAUAUGUUGAACCCUUUAAAUUUAUUUUAUUACUUACAAGGCAAAGGAGCAUGGACAACUCCCGGUUGUGAAGUAAUAGGUUUUUAUUCUACCAAAAAUUCAACAAACCCUAAUGUUCAGGUUAUGAUUCUUCCUGUAGGUAUUGCUUCAGAUAGAGGUAGUCAUUUAAGAAAAUCUUUAAGUAUUACUGAUGAAAUAUGGCAUAAAUAUUUUACUAAAUCUUUCGAUAAACACACAUCGUCAGUUUUUACCACAAUUUUACAUCCUAAAAGCAAAGGCACUGUUUAUAUUAAGAGUAAGAACCCAAUAAUACCUCCUUUAGUUAAUACUAGAUAUUUAAGUGAGAAAGAAGAUGUUGAUACUCUAAUUGCAGGAAUAAAAAUAGCAGUUAAACUAAUUAGGAGUGAUUCCUUAAGAAAUAUAGGAGCUCAAUUAAAUACAAAUCCUUUUCCUGGAUGUAGCCAAUAUAAAUUCUUUUCUGAUAGGUAUCUACAAUGCUACAUUCGACAUUUAACCUUAACUAGUUACCAUUAUGUAGGAACGUGCAGCAUGGGUUUGCCAGAAUCAAAAAAAUCAGUUGUUGAUACGUCAUUUAAAGUAUUAAAUGUCAAAAAUCUAUAUGUUGUCGAUGGUUCAGUGUUGCCAACAUUACCAAGUGGCAAUAUAAAUGCAGCUAUAGCAAUGAUGGCUAAUAUUUUCUUUGAAACAAAUGUAAAACGAUUACCUCGUAAUAUACACAGUUCUUUUCAAUGUCAUAAGUAUAAUAAAUUACAUGAUUAUUUAUUUAAAGUAUGCAGCCUUGAUUAGGCAGCGAUAG